AUGGCUUGUCAAGUAUUUAAUGCUUACGAAGGUUGCGUAGAAGAGAUGGCAAACCAGCGCCCAUCGCUACAAGACAUCGAUAUAGAGAUAUUUUCUGAGAAUUCACCCAAAGCGAGAUCUUUAAUUGAAAUUUCAGGUGCGUCUGAGUCGGGCAAGAGUGUGCUUCUGUGGCGCCUAAUGGCUCGUUGUCUUACACCAACCUAUUUUGGGGGUCGGAAUUGUGAUUUAAUUUUUAUUGAUUUAAGACAUAAAUUUGAUGCUGAAAUCUUUGAAGAGCAAAUUAUACGUUUGGUUGCUGCCUCUGGUGAACAGCAUACUACAGCUGAAUUACGGGUGAUGGUUGAGAAAUGUUUUGAUUCUCUACAUUUAUUAAACUGCUAUAAUUCAAAACAUUUUAAAGCAGCUUUAGAAAUAGUUGAUGGGCUUCUCGUGAAGCAUUCAGAUUGCUCACUGGUUGUCAUUGAUGGUUUAGAUGCUUUCUAUUGGUUGGACACUUAUGAGCGUAGAAUUCGUAUGCAAACACACUAUGUGCGUAAUGUAGAACGUCUUCGCAGGUUAUGCGACCGUCAUGGUGUUUGCUGCGCCUACACUAUUAAUACGAACUAUUUGGGCGCAAAGAAAUUAAAGGGUGUUGAUGAUAUUUUUGGGCGAACAUCCAUGCAGACAAGUGUAAAAGUUGAAUACAAAUUGCAACUGCAACUUGCUAGCAAUGGUGAACGUACAAUUAAUGGAAUGGCAGUAGAGAUAAGAGACAAUUCCUUCUAUGUUGUUGAGAAGCAGUAA